CGACCGUUCCAGUGCCCUGUCUGCCAAAAGUCAUUCUAUCGUCUUGAACACUCCAAACGACAUAUUCGAACACAUACCGGAGAGAAGACACAUGUGUGCGAAUACCCUGGGUGCAUCAAACGAUUUUCUCGCAGCGACGAACUCACUCGGCACACCAAGACGCAU